UUGUUGCAUGUGGCAAACCUGCUUCAGAUUUUGAAGUUUGGCGCCGGCGGUACGAGAAGCAGUCUGUGUAUGUUGCGACGUGUUGUUCUGGAAGUUUGGAAUCAUGAGUGAAACUGUGUGUUGCAUCUUGCAGAAUGGUAGCCCAAGCAAGAAAGAAACAGCAGGGAAACAUAACAUUUCAAACACUGCAUUGAAAAAUGUGGCUGAAAAUGGAACAGAUGUGACAUUCGAGAAGACAAAUGGUGCCCUUCCUGUUCAUGAAGAGUAUCAGUAUCUCAAACACAUUGAAAGAAUAAUUUCGCAUGGGAACAAGAAGAGUGAUAGGACUGGUGUUGGAACAUUGUCGCUUUUUGGAGCCCAAAUGCGAUAUUCAUUGAGAGAAGGUGUUUUUCCACUAUUCACCACCAAAAGAGUGUUCUGGAGGGCUGUUGUUGAAGAGCUCUUGUGGUUCAUACGUGGAUCAACCAAUGCUAAAGAAUUACAAGCCAAGGGAAUAAAUAUUUGGAAUGGAAAUAGCUCAAGGGAAUUUCUCGACAGUUUAGGAUUUCAUGACAGAGAAGAAGGUGACCUGGGUCCAGUAUAUGGUUUUCAGUGGCGCCACUUUGGGGCAGGCUAUAAAGGACCACAUGCAAACUAUGAAGGAAAAGGUGUUGAUCAACUCCAGCAAGUAAUAAACAUGCUACGUUCAAAUCCAGAUGACCGCCGUAUUAUCAUGAGUGCAUGGAACCCCCCAGACUUGGGCUUAAUGGCACUGCCCCCUUGCCAUUGCUUGGUCCAGUUUUAUGUAGCAAAUGGGGAGUUGUCAUGUCAGCUGUAUCAGAGGUCAGCAGAUAUGGGACUUGGGGUGCCAUUUAAUGUUGCCAGCUAUGCUCUGUUGACAUGCAUGUUAGCUGCUGUCACCAACUUGAAGCCUGGUGAGUUUAUACACACUACUGGUGAUACACACGUCUACUUGAACCACAUUGAGGCACUGAAAGUGCAGAUAAAGCGUGAGCCUCGUCCUUUCCCUAAGCUGGUAAUAAAACGUCAAGUCGCCGACAUUGAAGAAUUCAAGCUAGAAGAUUUUGAGCUUCAGAAUUAUAAUCCUCAUCCCAAAAUUGAGAUGGAAAUGGCAGUAUAGAAAGUCAGCCGAGCUUUCUAACAUUUAUAUUCUUCAGUAUUUUAAUCUUUCCAGUGUAAGAACCAAAGAUUGUGAAAAUUUUAUACAUAUGUAUUUGAUAAUUAUAACUUUUAGUUGUACUAUUAAGUGUUAUUUAUAGAAACAAUAUAUUUUAAGAUUUUGCGUACACUGUUUCACUGAAAAUAAAAACAAAUAUAUAAUAAAUACACAUUUUAAUUGUAAUAUCUCGCCACACUUUUGACUGUAUGUGAUCACCCUGUUGGAUAUCUUAAUGUACAUCUGCAGCUAUUGUAUUUUCAAGCUUGUCUCUGGUACGACUGACUUCAUCAGUCUGAGAGUCAUCUGUGAGAUGAUAAAGGUUAUAGAUCAGCAGUCAGAGUGCUUUUCAUCUAUUACAUACACAUGGCAGUCAUGAAGAAAGUACACCUGCUUCCUCAUAUGCUAUUUUUGGAGUCUCUUAGCAGUGCCAGUGAAACUUGAUCUUAACCACAUUUUAAAUGUACUUGACAUCUUCUGUUGCUAUCUACUUGUCGUUUUACACUUCAGACCAGCACCCAAUGAACCCAGUUAUAGCUGUAAUACGAAACUCUUGCAGUUAUAUCCUUCCCAUUUGGUAGUGUGACAAUGAAAAUAUUUUUUCUGGAAUAUAGCGUAGUUAGAUAGAUAACAGAUCUGCUCCUCAAGCAGUGGCUAGAGAAAACACACACAAAAGGUUAUACUUCUGCAAGCUUUCAGAGCCAGUGGCUUGAUUGAAUGGGAGGGAAGAGAGGUGAAGGAAAAAGACUGGAGAGACUAGGAAAAGGCUGUAGAUUUCAGAAAAGUCACCCAGAACCAUGGGUCAGGGAAUAAGGAAAGACUAUCCCAUCCAGUAAGUCUGCCUUGACUAACAGUUCAGGGUGAGUUUCGAGAAACCGACUCCUUUCCCUAAUCAUCUUCGGUCCUUUUCCUCCAACUCUUCUUCCAGAAGGAGCCACUGGCUCCGAAAGCUUGGAUAAAUACAACCUACUUUUAUGUAUGUGUUCUCCUGCUACCACUUUAUCAGUAGAUUUUUUUAGCUAUCUGAUUAUGUUCCAUUUGGUAGUGUGGUUUUUAUUGUUUUCUUUGUCAUCUCAACUGCUGUUUUGUAGAUUUUCUAUUUGUACCAGUCAGUGUCAUCUGCACUUCGGUUCUACUUCUGUUUCCUGGCUUUUUGUAUCUUGGGUGUUAUUGUUGUUUCACUAUAAAUUACUGUAUUUUCACAUGCUGAUUUACCACCAUCGACUGUGCCUCGUGUGAUAAGUUUAUUUUAUUCCCAGCCCAGUUCUGUAAUAGCUUUGUUGCUUAUAAGAUUCUAGAAGUUUGUAUUUCUGACAAUUUUGUUUGUUUGUGUUUGUCUGUUGCCUGCCCCCUGAUAAUUAAGAAGUUCUCCAUGGAAAGCAAGUGAGCAAAGGGGAGGUUCAUUGAUGUUAUUUGCCACGUGGAAAUUUCUGAGGUUGCAGCAUUCUAGGCCAGAUGAAAGGAUAUUGGAAGCAAUGGAUUGAGAGAAUAAAGUCAAUGGAUUUAGGCCCCAAUACUUCGUGUGUGUACAUUCCUUUUUACAAGAAAUAUAUAUUCAUAAACCAAACAUCCUGCUACAGCAUGAUUUAGUGCACACAUAAUUACCAUGUUUUACAUAGUUUUUUGAUGUAGAUUCCUUAAUUGUGGACAAUAAGUGUUACAAUGUUAUCAAAAGGAAAGUUGCUACUCACUGUCUUGACAGCAUUUUUGCUGUACAGUGAGUAGCAAGUUUCAUUUUCAUAAUACUAUUACAUUCCAACCUGGAUCUUCCACUGUUAGACAUAAGUGCAAUGUUUUAAAUAUUUUUGUUAACCUAAAUGGCUGUACUUUGAGUAACAGUAGUUAAUUGGGUAGACAGAAUGUUCCAGCCAAAGUCUUUGCAAGAGAUAGAAUAUCAGGUCCAUUCUUAACUUUCAGGUAUAAAAUUCCAAAUGCUGCUGGUAGAAUAAACUUUGAACUUAAAGGUCACCAUUGUUCUGACUGGUUUGACACGGCUCACUACUACUUCAUCUCUUGUGCCAUAUUCAUCACCAGUUUUCCCAUUGUCCUGCUUAACUUUGACAGAAUGCUAUAUUCCAGAUGUACAUUCACAGAAUUACAGGGUGAGGCAGUGAAACGGCAAGAUUUCGACUCCAGCAGACAGGUGUGAUGGAGGGUUAUGGGAGUGGGGGAAACUACCUUGAGCAUCUAGACAGGUGGAAAUUUCAGUAGCCCUGGAGUGUUGCCCCCUCGUGAACCAUGGACCUUGACGUUGGUGGGGAGGCUUCCGUGCCUCAGCGAUACAGAUAGCCGUACCGUAGGUGCAACUACAACGGAGGGGUAUCUGUUGAGAGCCCAGACAAACAUGUGGUUCCUGAAGGGGGGCAGUAGCCUUUUCAGUAGUUGCAAGGGCAACAGUCUGGAUGAUCGAAUGAUCUGGCCUUGUAACACUAACCAAAACAGCCUUGCUAUGCUGGUACUGCAAAUGGCUGAAAGCAAGGGGAAACUGCGGUCGUAAUUUUUCCUGAGGGCAUGCUGCUUUACUGUAUUGUUAAAUGACAAUGGCAUCCUCUAGGGUAAAAUUUUCCGGAAGUAAAAUAGUCCCCCAUCCGGAUCUCCGGGCGGGGACUACUCAAGAGGAUGUCGUUAUCAUAAGAAACAAAACUGACGUUCUACGGAUUGGAGUGUGGAAUGUCAGAUCCCUUAAUCAGGCUGGUAGGUUAGAAAAUUUAAAAAGCGAAGUGGAUAGGUUAAAGUUAGAUAUAGUGGGAAUUAGUGAAGUUCGGUGGCAGGAGGAACAAGACUUCUGGUCAGGUGACUACAGGGUUAUAAACACAAAAUAAAAUAGGGGUAAUGCAGGAGUAGGUUUAAUAAUGAAUAGGAAAAUAGGAAUGUGGGUAAGCUACUACAAACAGCAUAGUUAACGCAUUAUUGUGGCCAAGAUAGAUACGAA